ACCUGAUGCUCGGAGAGUUUGCCAAUGCGAAGGUGUAUUUGCAGAAAGCUCUGUCCCUGGUACCACCCACACAGCGAGAGCACAACACCAUCAGAAAACACCUGAGGAGAGCCAUGAAGGGGAUAGAGUUACAGGAAUCUCUCUCUACGCUGCCUCCUGAUCACCAUCGCGGGACUAUGAGGAUCUACGAGAAACUCGGUGAUCUCUGCUGUAAAGUGACAGGUUACCAGCGAGGCCUGGAGUAUUAUCAGAAGCAGCUGGCGUGUGCAGAGAACCUGAAACUGCCUGAUGAGGAACGGGCAAUGAUUUACUUCUCCUUAGGCAGUACCUACUUUGACCUGAAGGAUUAUAAACAGGCCAUCAGUCACUAUGAAACAGAACUGAUCUUUCAGGAGGACCACCCUCGAGAGAAGUGCAAGACAUGGCUCCACCUGGCAGCGGCCAAGGGAAUGGAUGGUGCUGGGAGCAAUGAGGUCGAUCGCUGCUAUCAGAAUGCACUACAACUCGCUAAAGAGAGCAACGAUCCCAGGCUCCAGACAGACAUCCAUCUGAGGAGAGGCUAUACAAAGGCACACACGGGAAUUUCUAGAGGCGUGGCAUUCAAGCCGGAACUCCAUCAGGGAACGCAUCGGUUUGGACAAACUAGAAAUGAGAUCUUCCACCGGAACAGACCGAGACCCAAAUAGAGAGUGGAACAAAACACCAGCACUUUACCGCAGGCUCACGGAUGACCAGUGUUUUACCGCAGCCUCACGGAUGACCAGUGCUUUACCGCAGGCUCACGGAUGACCAAUGUUUUACCGCAGGCUCACGGAUGACCAGUGCUUUACCGCAGCCUCACGGAUGACCAGUGCUUUACCGCAGGCUCACGGAUGACCAAUGCUUUACCGCAGCCUCAUGGAUGACCAGUGCUUUACCACAGCCUCACGGAUGACCAGUGUUUUACCGCAGCCUCACGGAUGACCAGUGCUUUACCGCAGCCUCACGGAUGACCAGCGCUUUACCGCAGCCUCACAGAUGACCAAAGCUUUACCGCAGCCUCAUGGAUGACCAGUGCUUUACUGCAGCCUCACGGAUGACCAGCGCUUUACCACAGCCUCAAGGAUGACCAGUGCUUUACCGCAGCCUCAUGGAUGACCAGCGCUUUACCGCAGCCUCACGGAUGACCAAAGCUUUACCGCAGCCUCACGGAUGACCAGCGCUUUACCGCAGCCUCACGGAUGACCAGCGCUUUACCGCAGCCUCAUGGAUGACCAGUGCUUUACCGCAGCCUCACGGAUGACCAGUGCUUUACCGCAGCCUCACGGAUGACCAGUGCUUUACCGCAGCCGCAUGGAUGACCAAUGCUUUACCGCAGGCUCACGGAUGACCAGUGCUUUACCGCAGCCUCACGGAUGACCAAUGCUUUACCGCAGCCUCAUGGAUGACCAGUGCUUUACCGCAGCCUCAUGGAUGACCAAUGCUUUACCGCAGGCUCACGGAUGACCAGUGCUUUACCGCAGCCUCACGGAUGACCAGUGCUUUACCGCAGCCUCAUGGAUGACCAGUGCUUUACCGCAGGCUCACGGAUGACCAGUGCUUUACCGCAGCCUCAUGGAUGACCAGCGCUUUACCACAGCCUCAUGGAUGACCAGUGCUUUACCGCAGCCUCACGGAUGACCAAAGCUUUACCGCAGCCUCACGGAUGACCAGUGCUUUACCGCAGGCUCACGGAUGACCAGUGCUUUACCGCAGCCGCAUGGAUGAUCAAUGCUUUACCGCAGC